UCCCGGCAUCCCUCGGGCGGCGGCGGCGGCGGCGGCGGCUGCGAGGCGCAGGAGGAGCGUGUGCGGCGGGCCCGGCGGCGGGUAGAGAGGCGAGAGGGCUGCAGGAGACCGAGGGGGAGCCGGGCCGGUGGGGCCGCCGCCGCCGCCAUGCAGGAAAUAAUCGCCAGCGUGGACCACAUCAAGUUUGACUUGGAGAUCGCAGUGGAGCAGCAGCUCGGGGCGCAGCCGCUGCCCUUCCCCGGCAUGGACAAGUCGGGUGCUGCUGUCUGUGAAUUCUUUUUGAAAGCUGCCUGCGGCAAAGGGGGCAUGUGUCCGUUUCGCCACAUCAGCGGUGAGAAGACAGUUGUGUGCAAACACUGGCUGCGUGGCCUAUGCAAGAAAGGGGACCAGUGCGAGUUCCUGCAUGAGUAUGACAUGACCAAGAUGCCCGAGUGCUACUUCUACUCCAAGUUCGGAGAGUGCAGCAACAAGGAGUGUCCCUUCCUGCACAUCGACCCCGAGUCCAAGAUCAAGGACUGCCCUUGGUAUGACCGUGGCUUCUGCAAGCACGGUCCCCUCUGCAGGCACCGGCACACACGGAGAGUCAUCUGUGUGAAUUACCUCGUGGGAUUCUGCCCAGAGGGGCCCUCAUGUAAAUUCAUGCACCCUCGAUUUGAACUGCCCAUGGGAACCACCGAGCAGCCCCCACUGCCGCAGCAGACCCAGCCUCCGGCAAAGCAAAGUAACAAUCCGCCAUUACAAAGGUCGUCCUCCUUGAUCCAGUUAACGAGUCAGAACUCUUCUCCCAAUCAGCAGAGAACCCCACAGGUCAUCGGGGUCAUGCAGAGUCAAAACAGCAGUGCGGGCAACCGGGGACCCCGGCCACUGGAGCAGGUCACCUGUUACAAGUGUGGCGAGAAAGGACACUACGCCAACAGAUGCACCAAAGGGCACUUGGCCUUUCUCAGUGGACAGUGACAGCAGCUGGAGCCAGCUCCGAGCAGCCCGGGGGCCCCGCUGUUGGGAGUGUGCAUUUAACUAUUUCAUGCGCUUAUUGGCGCGACUGUGGCUUGAGCUGGCCCGCAGGCAUGUGGGUUUCAUCGCUCUGAGGGGCCACGCCUGUUUUCUAUUAUUCUGCCGUAAUAUUUUUUGAAAAAGGGACAAGUGUCCUGCUGGGUCCCUGCAGUCGACAUCCUAUUUGGCUGGGCAUCGAUGCCCCCUUUCUGGAUUGAUGCCUCCUUUCCGGGACUCCCGGCACGAGUCCCCUCAUCCGGGGAGGGAGGAAGCUGCUGGGGAGGGGCUUGGCUAGGCAGUUCUGUGUGGCGAUGGUUUCCCCCCUCAUUAAACACCAGUUCUUGGUGACCGCAGGGGCUGGUAGGUCAUUCAAAGCUAUGGCCGGCUCACGCCUGCUUCCUCCCUCCCUGCCCUGCUGAAUCCUAAAGCUGUGCCUCUAUGUGAUUUGAAUGAGGGAGCCCUUCAGGGCAAAUUCAGGUGCCCCCAUUGCCUCAGACUGGCCCUGGUCCCAGGUGGCAGCGGUUGAGGAGGGGUGCAGGGCUCUCAGGCCUGAGGUUCUCUCCUCUGGGCUUAAUUUUCUCUUGGGGUCCACUCCUGACAGAGUUUAAGGUGUCCCUUGAGCUGGAGCUGCAGACCUUUAAAUAGAUGGCCCCUUCAGAUCAUCUGUGCCUACCUCCUGCCCGCCAGGCGUCUACACUCACUCAGAUGCCUGUGGCAUGUGGAGGAGACUGCCUUGUCCUGAGCCUGGAAAAUGUGAAACUGUCUCCUGUCUCCUGCUGGGCAUGUGGGCCUGGCCACGUUCAAUUGCAAGAACAAUUUUUAUGAAAUGGAUUAAAGCUUGUUUUUUAA